CACUGUUGACGUGGAGUUUUGUUCUAUUGAGUGAGUGCAUUGGUGAGUGGGUGUGCUGAUCAAUGGUUGUCGUUGACACUGUGUCAUGUUAUGUUACUAGGUGUGUGCUUCUUUCGUUGUUUGCUUUUUUUUGUAUCCUCUCCUUGCUGGUGGGUCAAGGUGUAUAUGGGACACCUCUCGUUCUCGCUCUCCUUCUCUCUCGGUAUACAUGAUGCUGCAUGGACAUGGGGUUAUUGUACAUCAUCUGCAUGUAUACAUACGUAUGUGCUCUACGAGUCGCUGGCUGGCUGUGAGAAGAGUGGAUGGAUUGGGCGACAUGGGACAUUUUCUCAUUAUCUAAAGUCACCUAGCUAGACGGUCCUUUGAGACUAAAAUGGGCGAGGGGGGAAAAAGAAGAGACGAGGGUGGAAGUUGAGGACGACAAAAAAUAGAUAUCAUUCAUUAUGGUAUGUUCCGAAUCGGU